GUACAGCACGUACGGUAAUGUACCGACUGCUUGAUUCUCUCCCUUCCUGUCGUUAUUAGCAUGACUGUUGCAUCCUGACAACGAUCACGCAUAGAUCCUCACUARUGUCUGCAAAAACAGAUCGAACCAUGAAAUUCUCUAACAGUAUCGCAGUGUUCGCUGUAUUGACACCAUCUGUCAUCACGGCCUUCACUUCCUCUCGUAUCGCCCAGAGUACGACAAGCAUUUCUUCUUCUUCCCUCUCGGCCAGCCGCCGGGAUGUUCUAGGCAACGCGUUUGCAUCGGCAGCUGGAAUGGCUUCCCUGAUUGUGACUCAGGAAGCAAGGGCUGWGCCGCGUCCAAUGUAUCUGGCUGAACCAACGGACGAGUUCAAGGCAAACGAAGCCAAGGCGAUGGAAUUCAAGCGUGCUCAACUCGCGAUCAAAAAAGAAUUUAAUGAGGUGAUCGCAAAGUUCCUGGCGGAACCAAACGACGAAGCCGCGAUAGUGGAAGAUCUCAAGAGACUACAAAAUCUGGUUGCCAAAACGGGUGGACUUCCUCUUGGCAUCAAAAAGGACGAGCUCUUCAAGUUGAUCCGAUCCAAAAAAGGAAAGGGAUACUGGCCGACUAAUUGCGAAAUUGCCUACCAGAGUUUGCAGGGAGAGAUCCGAUUCCAACAAAGCCCCAACAUGGAUAAGGAGAUGGGAAAUCCAUUUCAAUAGGCAAAGAAGUAUCGUCGAUUUCAAAAAUUGGUUGUUGGCUACAUAAUAAUUGAUGGACCGAUUU